CAUACAAUAUAUACUCUUUCAUGAAGUUUGAGAAAUUUCAGCUAAUUCAAUGCAAUUUCUUUUUUGUUUAGGGAAAGUCGGUGCCCUUAUAAAUCCAGACAGCAGGGUCUGAGCUCACCCCACCCUCAGAGGAAUUUUCCUAGGGGUGAAGCAGGGUUUAGAUCUGUUCUGUAUCAACUGGAUAUAGGUUUAUUUGGAGGUAUCACACUUUAAAAAAAUCUAUUAUCAUUGAUGUGUGGCAGGUUUUGGAGCGGGAGUGCACAGAAUGGGGGUCAAAAUGUGACCCAUAGGGUCAUAUCAUCCAGCUCAAGGGUUAACUACAGCCCAUGGUGUUUGUUAAGUGAGGCCCAAGGUACAAAUGCAGCCCAAGGCGUUCUGAAGUGCAGCCCAAUGUUCACACCGAGCCAACGAAGUCAUGAAAUGCAGCCUACAGGCUCGUGGUGACCCACAGUGCAGCCAAAAGGCCAAACGUGACCCAUGGUUUCAUACAGUGCGGCCGAAGGGGCAAACACAACUUGUGUGAUAACAAGCAGAUGUUAGCAUCCCUUCCCUGAAACUGCAGCAUGAAUCAAAGCACAUACACUUUGGGGUAAAGUCAAAAAAGCAAUGCCUUGAGCAGGAAGGCACAAAUAAGAGCAAAUGUUAGGAUUAUCAAGGGCAUUUAUUUUUUAAUUGGUAAUAUUAUGUAUGUUUAUGUUAAUUUAGAUGGCUUUGGGACUGAUUCUCAUUUACAGUAAGGCCUUUUUACACCACUUUAACAGUGAGAAGCUUCCUUAAAGUAGGAGCAAAUCAUACUGCAUUUCAUCCACUUUAAGGCAUUGCCAAUCUGGUGUAACGAGGCCUUAGUGUAAAUGAGAAUCAGGUCUCUUUAAUGGCAAAUUAGGUGCAGCCCAUGGAUUGCUGGCAUCCUGCCUCUUCAGUCCUCUGUGUCACAAAGUUUGGUCACCCCUACUUCAGAAGUUCUCAUGAUUUUAAGUGUGUGCAAAGGGAAAUGGAGAGAGAAUUCCUAUUUAUGUUCUUGGUGAUUCAUUUAUUUAUUUGUGAAAUGCCUAGGGAGGAAAAAAGACAAAGUCCUGAAGCUGCUAUUUGAGGAAAAAUUUAUGGGACUAGUAGAAGGAUGACAUCCACUGUAAGUACCAGCUUCACCUUGAUUCCCAACCAGAAAUACAGGCGCAGUAGCCGUCGCUCCAAACCAUUCUGCAACACUGUGGACACAGAUUCCGAGUCACUAUCAACUCUCGGGAAUUUCAAAGCACUGCCAUUGGAGAUCUUUCAAAUGGUCUUGAAAUAUCUCUCAGUGAAGGAUAUCAGCAUGCUAAGCAUGGUGUCGAAAGCCAUCAGCAACCGCCUUAUUAAUUACAUCUCAACCUCAUCAGGAAACAGAAGGCUUUUACUGCAAGAUUUUCAUAACCUUGAGAUAUCUGGCAUGAGAGAAGGAUCCUCUGUAUUAGAACACUACAGAUCUCUAGGGUUGUUGCUUAAAAGGUGCACACUACUGCUGCCCACAAAAGAGAGGCUAAAGUACAUACACAAAAUACUCUCAGAAGUUUCCUGUUUUAAACUCAGUGGUUGCCCAAGCCCGUUGCAUUGCUUGGGAUUACAAUGCUAUGGAGUGUUUUUACAGACCUUGACAGCAGGCUGGGAUGAGCUAGAAUGCCAUCGUGUUUUUAACUUCCUCUGUGAGCUGAGCAAUCUACCCCGCAAAGUACAGACAGUUGUGAGCAGCAAACCAGGAAGUGCCCGAAAGCUGGAAUUACGAAUAAGGUUAUUCUGUCGCAGUGUCCUGCUAAAUCACUGGAUUCAUCGAAGUGAUUCUGCAUUUUGGCUCACUCGUAUCUUAAAACCAUGGCCAAUGGUUAAUCAAGCCCGGCUGUUGUACAUCAUUUUUGGGCCAGUCUCCUCUCUAAAUGGACAUGUGGUUUGGCAGAAAAUGACAGAAGGACCAACAGAUGAGACCAGUUUAAAGGGUCUAGCUGAUGCUAUUAAACUACUGUAUGACACAGAAGCUAAAGAGUGGACAGCCGAUGAUGUUAUCAGUCUUGUGGAUGAAUUGUCAGUGGUUCCCCGGGAGUGGCUCAUGGAGAAUAAUGCUCGCCUCCUCAUCCUGAGUGGGAACAACAUCUGCUUCACCUUCAUGGCUAGUAAAGCUGUGAAUGGGCGGGCUGUUGAGCUGGCCAAGCUAGUGGUCUUUCUGGCUUUGGUCUGUGAGAAGGACCUGUACUGCAUGGAUUGGGCAGUAAAAAUGAUGCAGAAAGUCUGCAAGGUUUUCAGCACUCCAGGUGAAAGGAAUAACUUCCUGCAGAGUGUGGAGAAUGCAUUUGCUCACAUGAUCAUGGACAUGCUACAGUCAGUAAUGUCUGGAGAUCGUGAUGAGGAAGACAGCAGCUUUUUGAAUUUGUUCCACCUUGUGAAUGCACAAGCUAACUUCCAUAAGGAAAUUCUGUAUCUGACCAUGAGAAGCACAUCUACCUAAGUACUCAGAAUCUCAGGCUUUUAGAUAAUACUACAGUGAUUCAGAUAGGUGGCCUUUUCCACCCUUUAUUUUCUCACAUAUACAAAAUAGUGUCCACCUACCUUUUUAAAUUCACUCUCCAGCAGCUGCUUGCAAAGUUUUAGCAGCUACUGAGCACAUUGUCAAAAAUAGAAAAUAUAAUAACCAGUUAAAUCUGGAGGUAUAACCUUUGCAGAAGCAGCAGGAGGCUGACUGGAGAUGCUAGUGAAAUACAAAGCAGAAGAAUUACUUAAACCUAUGAAGACAUACUGAGGCAUCUUUAAGAAACUACAGCACAGUCUGUGCAAUAAACUUGUCUAAGCCUGUAUGUCAGGAUGUGCUGAGGAGCCUAUCUGUGGCAUUCCAUGGUUUGGCUGUUAUGGGCAGGAAUACACACUGCUUUCUUCUCCCACUGUGUAUAUUUGGAUACAAAAUAAAAAUGACACGGUGUUAAUAUUUGAUGUAUAUCGACAAAUUAAAGAAUGUUAUCUUAGUUCAGAACAGAAAAUAUUUUGCUCUUUUAAAUUUGUUUUUCUCUUUGGAAUCCAUUAAGACAAAACCAAUAUAAUGACAAAGGCAUGGCCAGGUUUCUCCAGUUCAGCUUACACAUGGGUAUCUAUAAUUCACUCUCACAUUCUUAGCUUCAGAACUAGAUAUCUUGCAUGGAUUGUGCAUUAAGUUUCAGCACAGAAGGAGACGGUCUCUGGAAAGAGUCCUAGUUUUUCAAGGAAGGCAAAAAUUAGUUUUUUACAGCACAUGCCUUUCAGCCAUAAAGCAGAAGUAACUUCAGAAUGUACCUUUGUGCUAAAUAUAAUAGCUGGACAGUUUAAAAAAAAAUUACAUGUCUCUGGAACUCUGCAAAGUUGAAGGACAUUUAAUGCAUGUAGACAUUCUAAGAUCACUGUUUUUUAUUAAAAUACACAGAUAUGUAUCCUAUUUACAAAAAGUUUUUAUAUUUAUGGUACAUAGCUUUAAAAAUUGAAAAUAUUUAAUAUGUGCUAAACAGUAUAUUUCAUUUUGGGUUAUUUACAUGAUGGUUAUUUUCCUCAUAUUAUUAAAAUGCCUUUUUCCCCCAUCUGAAAUAUUUCCAAAUUAUUUAAAUAUGUGCCAAAUUUUGCCAUUUGAGACAGCUGUUCAUCUCCAAGAGGCAGAUCCUCAGCUGGCAUAAAUUGUGGGAGCUGACAAUUAACACCAGCUGAAAAUCUGCACCCAAUUGAUUUCAAUGGAAAUGAGCUGAUAACUCCUGAUGCUUUCUGUUUAAAAAGAUCCUUUUUUUUUUUUUUUGAAACAU